UGUCGAAUCGGACUCCCCAGAAUUUAAUCGAGUGCGCUCGUCACAUGGUGGCUGGCUGGCCAUGAGUUAGUGACGGAAUACUGCAGCCACUCCAUCACAAUCACCCCGCAUCAACCCGUCUCACCCACGUUCAAUUCUUCAUGCUGCGAAACCGAAACGACUCGCUCGAUGAAUGCAUAGUUCAGCGCUGACGCACGCUUAUGCACGUUUCCGAUUGAGUUGAUUAGGCUCACUCCCCCAAGGAAAGACGAAAAACAAACAAAUACCAUCACGAUGCCGUCUGCAGCAGCGCCAAUUCGGCUCACACCGGCUUCCAUCAGCCGGGGGCAACCCUCGGCGCCGUCCGUCACCAACACGACAGCGACGGCAUCCUCACCUACAUUUAUUGGCAAUUCACAGACGAGCGGUGCCUCGAGACCAGCCAGUCUCUUUUCAUCUCUCCUCUCCGGUUCCUCAAGCCCCAAACCAAAGCCAAAAACAAAGACUUUCAACCCCGCCAGCGCCCCCUCCGUCGCCUCCUCCUCCGUCUCUGUAUCUGUAUCAACCUCCGCCACGGCGCAACACCACUCUCCUCCCCCCUCCAGCACGGCAGCCACCGCGGCCUCCAUCUCCACCACCACCCCGAGCACAACUUCCCGCACCACCACCAACACCAGCACCACAACAGCAACCCACCCCCCAACCCCCACAACAGCAGCAACAACAACCGCCGCCGCCGCCGCCGCCGCCGCUAUCCCUCCAAACCUAAACACCCUCCCUCCAAACCCCAACCAACCCCCCAUCCUAAACACACAACCCCAACCCCAACCCUCCGAACUAACCAUCACCCAAGCCCGCACCGCAGUCCUCGCAUCCAUCGGCAACCAACUAGACCGCGAGCUCGGCGCCCGCGCCGCCCAGCUGCACGCCAACAACGCGGCGAUCGAGCGGCAAGAGCGCGAGGUGGCGCGGGCGACGGCGGGGCUGGCGCGCGAGAAUGGGCGGCUGGGCCGGCUGGCGGAGACCCACGCGCGGCGGGUGAAGGAGAUUGGGAAUGUGCAGAAUUGGGCGGAGAUGUUGGAGAGGGAGUUUGUGAUUUUGGAGGAGACGUUGCGGUUGGUAGGUUCUGGUGGGGGGGGUGGGGAUGGGAGUGGGAGUGGUGAUGAAGGGAGUGAGGGGGGUGGGAGUGGGAGUGAGGGGUGGAGUGAUGGGAGUGAUGGGAGUGAGUGGGAAGGGGAGGAGGAUGGGGAGGGGAGUGGGGAGGGAGAUAUGGACAGGAACGGUAAUAGGGAGGUCGAGAGAGAUGGGGAGGUAGAGAGGGAUGGGGAGGGCGAUGUGGUUAUGAGCAAUGGGCAUCAUCCUGAGAUGAUACCGUUGCCUGCGUCGCCGCCGGGGGAACGGACUAUGAUCGAGUGAGGAGUCCCGGCGAACGAAGAAACGAACCGGAUGUAGAAUAACUUAGAUUGCCACGAAUUAUGAGAUACGAGAUAUGAGAAAUGAGCACUUCUUUUGGUAAU